AUGGGACAGCUCGUAGACGUCUUCGCCAGGCGCGCGUUAUUGGUGGUUAAGGGUGCGAACGUGCCGCGGGGUGUCAACGAUCUCGCGCAUCGCUCGGAAACGACGUCAGCUACCGCGGUAGGAUUUGAGCCGAGCGCCAAAGCGGCGUCGUUGCUGAACAAGCUCAAGCACUUCAUGCACGCGCACGUGUACAAGGCGGAGGAAGAACUCGAGGCGCACGCCAUCACGCCUGAACGAUGGAGCGUAUCGCCCGCGGUGGAAUCAUUGAAGACUGCGGCUAAAAGCGCUGGGUUGUGGAACUUGUGGCUGCCCCUCGACAGCGCGGCGCUAUUGAAAAUUCGCCCCAACGACGGCGAAGAGUCGACGCUGUUCGCGGGUCCAGGACUGACGAAUCUCGAAUACGCGUAUCUCGCCGAAGUCAUGGGCGCGAGUGUUUGGGCGAGCGAGGCAUUCAAUUGUUCUGCGCCUGAUACGGGCAAUAUGGAGGUUUUGUUGCGAUACGGCUCGGUAGAGCAGCAAGAGCGAUGGUUGCGCCCGUUGCUCACCGGUGAAAUACGAUCGUGCUUCGCCAUGACCGAGCCCGCAGUCGCGAGCUCGGACGCGACGAACAUCGAGAGCGCCAUCGCGCGCGAAGGAUCAGAUUACGUCUUGAACGGACGCAAAUGGUGGACCUCGGGGGCGUGCGAUCCGAGGUGUAAGGUUAUUAUUUUCAUGGGCAAAACCGCAAAAGAUGGAUCGGGCGUGGCGAAGCAUCGCCAACAGAGCAUGGUGCUGUGUCCGAUGGAUGCCCCGGGCGUGCGCGUCGUUCGUCCGUUGACCGUUUUCGGGUACGACGAUGCCCCGCACGGACACGCCGAGGUGACGUUCACCAAUGUGCGCGUCGACGCCGCGGCGAGCAUAUUACUCGGCGAAGGGCGCGGUUUUGAAAUCGCCCAGGGUCGUCUGGGUCCGGGACGAUUACAUCAUUGCAUGCGAUUGAUCGGCAUGGGUGAGCGCGCGUUGGAACUCGCAAGCGCGAGAGCAAAAUCUCGAGUCGCCUUCGGCAAACCACUCGCGGAAAACGGGGCAGUACUCCAAAGACUCGGUCAAUGUCGCGUCACGCUGGACGGCGCUCGAUUGCUCACGCUGCAAGCCGCGCACGAACUCGACGCGCGAGGUAUCAAACUCGCUCGAGGCGCCGUGGCUGCCUGUAAAGUGGCCGCACCGGCCGCAGCGCUUUCCGUCAUCGACGCCGCCAUCCAAAUCCACGGCGGUGCCGGCGUGAGUCAGGACACUCCUCUUGCCCGUCUCUACGCCGGCGCCCGCACCCUCCGCCUCGCCGACGGGCCGGAUGAGGUGCACUUAGAAACCAUAGCGAAGAUGGAGAUUCGCCGCUCGAAGCUUUAG